AUGACUGCAUUCUCAGGCCCGUUCGACGUAGUCUUCGUCACCACGUUUUGGUCGUUGCUCGGUCCCUGCAAGUUGAACUGCGAGUGUGUGUGGAAUGAGGUUGAGCAGGUUGUGGAGAUUGAGGCUGUGCCUCGUGUAGCAAGUGGGAAACGUGUCUGUGCAAGCGCGUUGCAUGCUCUAGCUACGACGCGACGCGCAAUCGGAGGUGCAGUGAACUCAGUAAUAGUUGUGGAUGACUUCGAAGGUGUAUCUCUAGGACGUUCUGGCUCGAAGGGAGAGGAUGAAGUGGGUGGUGCGGGCGGACUUGGCUCAGGAGAGCGUGGGCCCAUCGAGGGUGAUGUCAAGCAUAGGAUGGACGGUGUAGUCAGCUCGGUGGCAUCAUUGCGGGAUCUGAGGCUCAGCACGGGCAUCGCAGCGGCAGAUUGGAGAGACAAGUAUGGUGAUGCAGAGGACUGGGCUAGAGAGAACAAGAGCAACGACAUAGUGUUGGGGGAAGAGGAUUGGGGAGAUGGUGGAGGUAGGAGGGAAAGGAGUGACGAGAGCAAUUUUAAAUAA